CUCAUCUGUGGAAACGUCAAACGUAUUGUACCAUGUCAGGAAGAGGCAAAGGAGGUAAGGGACUCGGUAAAGGAGGCGCCAAGCGCCAUCGCAAGGUUCUCCGUGAUAACAUCCAGGGUAUUACUAAGCCCGCCAUCCGCCGUCUGGCACGCCGCGGUGGCGUGAAGCGUAUUUCAGGCUUGAUCUACGAAGAGACCCGUGGUGUACUGAAGGUGUUCCUGGAGAAUGUCAUCCGUGAUGCCGUGACUUACACCGAACACGCUAAAAGAAAGACCGUGACCGCCAUGGACGUGGUCUACGCUCUGAAGCGCCAGGGACGUACUCUGUACGGCUUCGGCGGCUAAAACAUCAAGUACAAGUACCGAGGAUCAAUACAAAGGCUCUUUUAAGAGCCACCCACAUGUUACGUAUUAGACAUGCUUCCAUAAUACAGGUGUUCGGUGUCUAAAUUGAUCAACCCUUUAAAGUGAGUUGUGUAUCUAGAACGCAUCCGAGGUGACUAAUUCAAAAUGAACAACUGAGUUGACUGGCCUGGUUUCGUCCCCCAGUUUUUGGCGCACUUUUAAUUUCAAUGCAAUACCAGUCUAGGCUAGAAAUCCAUCUAAGGCUAAUAAAGCACCAACUAUACUGAAACGUUCGAUUUAUAUUUCGGUGGUCAUUGCGGAUCCGAAGCAUUUGAGCAAAGGGUAUUGUAAAGGGAUCAUUACUCACGCUUCAACUGAGGCUACUUGGGCUAUAACAUGUAUAAAUGGGUUAUCUUAGCCGGACAGGUUUUACCGAGAUGCAAUGGGUUCAAAUCACCCGGUACUGUCCGUCACUUUAGAUAGUAGCAUCUGCUCAAUGAAUGCUUUAUUAAAACA